CAGCGGAAAAGGCACAUUCAAUUUUCUGUAAUGUUUCGUUGGAAUGGUUGCAGAGAUGGAAGGUUUGCAUGGAAUGAAGAGGAAGCAACUGCAAGCGCUGUGCAAGAAGCAUGGCGUGCCGGCGAAUUUGACGAAUCGUCAAAUGGCCGAUAGGCUUAGUUUGCUUCUUAAGGAAGAAGGAAAUCCUAUAAUCCAAGGUCAGUCAUGCUCGAAUGAUUUGGGGGAAAUAAGCAGUGAAAAUGAAUCUAAGGUUGUAGAUAAGAAUGCAAAGAAAGUUAGGUUUAGUCCUGAGAAUGAAACCUUUAUAUUUGUGGGUUCGGGCUCGGAUUCAGAUUCGGAUAAAGACUACACUCCGGUGAAGAAACGGGCGGGCAGGACAAGGUCUACAGUGAAUCCUGUGCCGAAAAAGCAGGUUCAAGUUGUUGAAAAUGCAGGGGAAAUGGGAGUCUCCGGGAAAAUUACGAAUGGACCGGGUAGAAUUACAAGGUCUACAGCGCAAGAAGUUGUUCAAGGAGAUGCGGUGCCAUUUGUUCGGAAGAAGCGACCGAGAAGAAGUGCCGAGGUUGAAGGUAUGGAGGUGAAAGAUGUCAGGGUUAGUGAUAAUGUUGCUGGUUUCAUAAAUGCUCAUGAUAUGGUAACGAGAGGUUCAAGGAAGACGAGGAAUGCUAGGGGUAAUGACGGGGUUGUUUUAUUGAAUGAUGUUUCUGAAGACAAUGGUAAUGUGGGAGAAGGUGCUGAACAUGAGAAAGAGAAAUUGGCAAAGCGAUCAAGACGGAAUGUGAGGAAGGAGAAAGGAUCUGCUGCACUGAGUAGGGAAAUGGAGAAAGUUGAAAUUGUUGGUAAGAUGACAAGGUCCCGGACUCAGCUUGAGGGAAAAGCUUCUGCAGUUGCUAGUGGAACUAAAACUGUUGAGGUUCAGGAAGAAUGUGAAAGUGUUCUUCAACUUGAAGAACCUUUGAAGGGUUUAAGCAGAGAAGGUUCGAAGCGGAAAUCUGCACCACAGAAGGGAAGGGUGAAAAGCAAAAUUCUUGCUGGGGAAGGUGCUGAACCAGGAAAAGUCCUGAGGCGCUCAAAACGAAACGCGACAAUUGACAAAGACUCUGAACUAUUGACUGGGGAUUUAAGGAAAAUUAAGGCUUUUGAUAGGACCAGAGGGCCUGAAGUCCAGCUUGUGGAGAAAGCGUCUGCAGUUGAGAGUGAAUGUGAAACUCUUGUAGAUCAGGAAGAAUGUGAAGAAGAGGUUCCUCAACUUGAAGAACCUCUGAAAGGCCCUGGUGCUAUUGAAUCUAGGCAGGAAUCUGUUGCUCCCCAGAAGGCUGAAAAGGUAAGGAAGAGACCGCUGCCCAAAAAGGAGACCAGAAAACGAUCAAGAAAUGCAGAUGUGGAAGGAGCUUCUGAAGUUGAACCAAGUGUAGAACCUACAAAAGAAAAUGAGAAGGAACAUUUACUGAAUGGUCGUCCAAGGAGGUCCAAACGCAUCACAUUCAACUCUGGUGCUCCGGCUGUUGGAGAGUUGGGGAAUCAUGAAACAGUUGGAAUUAAGAAGUCAAGAGAAUCACUUCAAGAAGGAAAGUUUUAUGCUGCGGAAGAACGCUUGAGGAGGUCCAGUCGGAAUGCUUCUAGAAACAAUUCAAUUUUAAUCUCUGAUGAAGUGGAUGGAGUUGCUGAUGGAGCAAGAAAGGAUGGGCAAAUGAAGCGAAAACGCAAGCCAAACCCGAAAGAAGAAUGUUCAGUUACUGACAGUGAACAUGUAAUUGAAAGAUCUUCAAGACGAUCCUCACAUAAUGCAUUAAAAAGUGAAUUGGUUGCACCUGCAGCACUGAGUUGUAAAGCUGUUGAAAUAGAGCAACAGAACAGGCGACAGUCAAUGAUAUUAGAGGACGAUCCAUGUUCCAAAAGCACUUGGGCCCUUGAAGAUCCUCCAAUUUUAGAUACUGGGUCAGCAAUUCUGGACACUGUAGGACACCAAAUUGAUCCAGACUCAUGCUGCAUUGAAGAAAUUCCAGGAAAAUCUAUAGAGAAGCAGAAGGGAUCUACGAUGUCUAGUGUGAAGAAGGGACCUCAUUUCUUGGAGGUCUCUGCUGGAAAUUCUGACUUGAAGGAAGUCAUGGAUAGUACUAUGACCAUGGAGGAAACUCUGCUUCCAGCACCGGUGAAGUUACAGGGUGUUACCACAGACCAAAGUACUAAUAAUGCUGCUACUGAAUCUGUGGUUGUCAAUGAGGACAGCAUUUUACUAGAUGUCGAAGGGGAAUUACCUUUGGAUGAUAUUACUGACGGUGACAUGGAUGAUCGGUCAUGCCCGCUGAACAGCAUAGGUGAAGCUUCCAACCUCUCGGAUUUGAAAAGAAGAUUGGAAACAGAAGAACCCUUGAUAGGUGAAAACAUGAACCUUAGAAAUGAUAAGGAAGAUGGCCAAUCGGCUGGGGAUGACCAAUCAUCAGUUCAGGACGAUAAGAACCUAGAAUAUGCUAAUGAAAUUGCUAAACCAACUAUUCAAGAGUUAGUUGCUGACGAUCAUCAGAGUGAACUUAGGGAAAGUAUGAGCUCAAUCAGAAAUAUUAAACAUACCUCCGAGAAAGUUGAUGAAAUUAGUGCACUUGAUUUAUUUGAAGGAGAGGAAAUUGCCCAAGCAGAAGUAUUUGUAGGGGCCGCUGACGUAGAGCAAGCUAUUCCAGACUCCAAUUAUCUACUUACUGCUGAAAUUGAUGAAGGAAUAAGUGGCCACAGUGCUACAGUUGCAACUCCAUUUAGACCUGCACCAGAAAGCCAGGCAGUGUCAGGUAUUAGCAACGAAGUGAUUGAUCAUUCCCUCCAUACUUCCUCACCAGAGAAAGAUGCCCUAGAAGAAGAAGAGAAUCAGCCUGGAGCCCAAAGCGUUGCUCAAUCCACCACAAUGAUUGAAAGAAGCAGCAAAAAUUAUGUUGGAGCCGAAAAAUAUUCUGGUGGGAUGGAAAUUCCUAAUGAAACAAUUUGCAUAGAUGAAACUUCAGUAAGCAAUGAAAUGAGGAAAAUAAGGACUGUGCUGAACAUGACAAAUGAAAACGAGAAUGAAGAGGCAUUACUUAGUGGAGGCGGCUCACCAGCUUCUGAUGAAGAUCUUAUUAACAGUGGUUUUGAACAAAAUUUAAGGAUGGAUGGUGGUUGCCUUCCUGAUUUAGACAAUAGAGAUUGUCAGGCUGCUGAGGAGAAAGAAAAUGAAGUCUCAGAGGGAAAGUCUGAUAAAUUUUCUGAUGCAACUAGAGUGAGCUGUAUGCAUAACCUUUCUUCUGGCGGAAGAAUUAGUCCUAUUAUCCCAGAAGAGAGGGAUACUGGGAGAGUUGAAACUAUUCCCACCACUAUUCUUGGAUUACAAUCUCUUGGUUCUGCUAGAAAGGGCAUCUCCUCUGGCGAGUCCACUUGUCGGAAAGACAUUGUUGAACAGGAAGAAGAAGGUAUUCAUCUUAAAGAUCAAAUUGUAUUAUCAGUCAAUGACAGAAGUGCUAUUGGGAGCGGUGUUGCUUUGUUGCAUGAAGCUGAAAACUCAGUUGUAUCCACUGUUAAGGUUGUUGACACUGCAGAGGAUAAAAGAGAGACAAGAAGUGCACAAACUGAUUCAAAGUAUGGAAGUCCAAAGGAUGCUGCAAAAGAGGGGGUAAAAUCAGGGUCUUUGACUCAUUUUUCUCUGGAGUUGCUAGGUGGAAACAGGAAUGAAUCUGCAGACGUGCAAAAUAUUUUGGAUGAGACCUUAAGCCCGAAUAGUGUUGAAGCAUGCAGUCCUGAGAGAAGUGCAGAAGAGAAAGCUACUUCAAAUUUUCAUGGUAGUGAGGCAUUUUCAAUGGAGGCAUCAACUGCAAUGACUUCUUCAGAACUAUUUUUGGAGAACCUUUUCGAUCAUGAAGAGGGGGUUACAUCUAGGAACAGCUGUGUCGAGCCUCUUGAUUAUAUGACUUCAAGUAACAAAUCUAUGGGAUCAAAGGGUAUGGCCAAUGCUGAGGAAUUGAAAGGAGAAUCAUUUCUUGAGCAGCAUGAUCAUAUAGGCAAGGAGGAAAAUUCGGGGUGUUCUCAGCAAGUUGAACUUGGUGACCAUGGUGGUUGGGAGGUGAAUCAGAGUGCUGAUACAAAUUCAGUUGAGAACACUGUGGAAAUGGUGAAAGCCACUUCUGAGUUCAUUGGAGGAAUUGACAAAUUGGAGGAAGAAAAAAGCCCUGCAGUUUUAGAAAGACAGUCUGAUGCUGUGUUCAUAGAUGAUGCUUUCCAGCAAGUUACGUCCGGGGAGUUUGGUGGUCAUUUUGCUGAAGGGGAAGAUACUGAAUUCAGUAAAAGUACUGAUGAUGAUAAUAACUUUCGAAGUAAUGCGAUUGUACCAUAUGAAAUAGCUUAUGCAGUGACCUUGGAAAAAAUGGGAAGGACUCAGUCACCUGCUACUCCAGCUACGCACGAGAAGGCAUUCGAUGGUUGUGGGAAUGAAUUUCCAACGAUUGAUGCCACUUCUGUGUCUCCUUCAAAUGAAGUCCUAUUUAAAGAUCAUGAGGUUCUAGAGGAGACAUCAAAGGAAGUUGUUCAAACUGUUUUUCUAGUGGAUGAAGUGAGGUUUGGAAAUCUUGACAAUCAAAAAAUAGAAGAUUCUCCAGAGUUGGAUAAAAGUGCUUCCAUUGGCUCUGAUUGUCUCAUGGAUCAUAAACCUGCAGAUAGAAGUGCUAAUUUUGGAACUGUAGAUGAAGAUCAAGAACUGAAUGAUGACAGUUUUGAAGCUCAGAAGGAAGACUCUGAUGAUGAUAAUAUACAGUUUAUUCCAGAAGAUAAUGUUGAUGGCUUGGUUGAGAAGGAACAUGGUGAGAAUGGCGGUGAUUAUGAUGCUUUAUCAGAUCAUACCCAUGAAAACACAACGGUUGCAGCAGAUGAAGCUGGUGCAAGAAGUAUUGGAAGAAAAAAGGAUUCUGAGAAAGUUGAGGAUGGUGCUAAGUGGGUGGAGAACACACCUGUUUCUGUGCAGUUAUUUGAUUGUUCCAGUAAAUGGGAUGAGAAAGACACUGAAAAAACUAAUUCCUAUGCUGAUACCUCUUGUGGCAAACCUGAAACACAUCCAAGUAGCGUAAUUGUCUCAUUGCCGAGAGUUUCUUCAUCACAUGGUGAUGAAAAUAGAUUUGACAUUUUUAUUGAGCGAAGCAGCUAUGGUACAAAAGGAAAGGAGAUGACUGACGACGGUAGAGCAGAUGAUGAAAUUUCAGUGGGGGAAAGAGUAGGGGCCCAGCAAAAUGAAGGUCUAGUUGAUUCUACUGUAGAAACUAGUGCGACAUUUUCUAAAAAAUUUACUGAAGAGCAACUUGAUGGCCUAAAUGGUGGAGUAACACAAGCUGAUCAUAAUUCCAUUGAUUAUUUGACUUUGAAUGAGCCUUUAUGUAGCAGUAAAACGAGUAAUGUUGAUGAGACUGACGAAGCACUUGGUUUCAGUAACCUUGAUGUCAUGGUCGUUAGAGGCGAUUACUCUGGUGGAUGUGCUGGUUCUGAAAAGUUGCAUGUUAUUACUUCAGAGAAAUAUGAAAUGGGUGCUAAUCACAUUGCCCUUUCACCAGUUAUUGCUUUGCCAAGUUUUGGAACCGAAGAGAACAGUUCCUUGGAGUUCCAUCUUGGUUCUCAUAUUUUUACCAGUUGGGAGAUGAAUUUGAUUUCUGGGGAUGCAGAACAGGGUAAUGUAGAAAUAUCAAAUGAAGCACCGGAAGCCAAUCUGACAAGUAAGCACAGUGAGAGUUCUGUGAAAAUGAAAGAAACUGCAAUGAUUAGUGAAAAAGACCAACAAGAUUCUGAGAAGCUUCUAGGGGAGCUUGAGCACCAAGCUCAUUUUGCCGCUUCAGAUGAGCCAAUUUGUAGAGAUGGUGGUAGAUCAAAUAUGCAACAUGAUAUCUCUGCCAUUGAUAAAGAGCAUAUUGAUUGUGAGAAUUAUGAGAGUUCUUGUGUUUCCACGCAUUUGAUAAAAGCUGCUGAAAUCAAUGGCUUCAAUAAUGCUUCAGCCAGGCCCAUGGCAGAAAGCACUCCUGAGGAAUCUGACAUUGGUUGUCACUCUGUUGUGGAGAAACUUGUUGGUGUGAAUUACUCUGAAGAUGAUGUUGCACUGGAUCAUACUCAUGAAAACUUUAGAGUUGUAACAGAUCAAGUUAGCGAGACAAGCAUGGAUGCAACUACUGAUUCUGAGAAUAUUCAGGAUCUCAUUGAGUGUGUUGAAAAAACACAGAUUUCUGCAAACAGAACUAAGAGUGGCACUGAAACGGAUGAAAAAUAUUCUGCAGACGUCAAAAUAGCUGUUGAAACCUCUUGUGGCAGGCGCCAAAUGGGUCGAAGUUGUGCUACUACUCUACUGGAUGUUUCAUCACUUCAUGUAAAUGGCGAUAAUUCGUACACUGGUUUGAGUGCAGGAGAGGAACAUGAAUCCCAUACAUACAACGAGUUUCUUAGCAAUGAUUCAGAAGGGAAGGAGAUGGCCGAUGAAGACGGAGAAACUAAAGCUCUGGAGUUGCAUGAUGAUUCACAUGCAUUCACCAGUUGGGAGAUGGAUUUGUUUUUGGGUGACGUUGAACAAGAUGAAGUUGAGAAAUCAGAUGGAGGGGCCUUAGUUGCCAAUUCGAUGAGUAAGAAUAGUGAGGAUGCCAACGAAGAGACACGGAAUGUGGAUAUAACUGAACAAAUUGCUGAAGAGCAACAUGGUGAUCAUGAGCAUCACAUGGCAGAGGAUGUUUCACAGAUGGAGGGCACUCACCUUGCUGUCUCACAUGAGCCUAUCUGUCAAAAUCAUGAUGGAUCAAAUAAGCAAGGUGAAAUUGCUGCCAUCACCGAAGGGAAUGUUGUUUGUGAGAAUAGAUCCGAGCUUAUUAAGGGUGAGAUUUUAAAUAAUUUCAAAUAUUCUGAAUUGCUGAUGGAUGCUGCUGAGAUCAAUGGCAGUAAUCGUGUUAUUGCAGAUGAAGCCAUGGCAGAAUGUGGUCACAAUGAAUUGAAACGAGUAGAAAAUAUUGCCAACCCUGACGCUGAAGACAUUAAAUUGUCAGCUGAAAUGGAUGAUUAUGAACAUAUGGUAGAAGCAGUGGAGUUGAGCCAAGAUCUGCCAAAAAUAAAUACAACAAUGGAAGAAAUAUCUCCUGCUUCCACAAAUAUGGUUGUUGGUAGAGACAUUGCUGCUGAAGUUGCCCAGACUCCACAAUUGAAGUUGGGGUCACCGAAAAAGAUGAGUCCAGAUACAAAAUUGAAGGAAAACAUUGUUUUGCCUGCCAGGCAGUUGAAUUCUUCAAUGGUGAAAGGAACAAAGUGUAAAACUAGUCAGAUACCAAGAACACCCAAGAAUCUGCUCAAAACUUACAAUACAAAAGAGAAUACGCCAAGCAUCAAGAAUGAUCAAAUUGGUAACAUUACAGCAAUGAAAACAUUGCCAAAAAGACGCCCAUUGGAGGAUCUCCAAAAUAAUUAGAUUCAAUUGGUCCGGCUUGUUAAUUAGUUUUUGUAGAUUUGGCGAGUAAUGGACUUUGUAUUAUUUAGUUCAUGGCAUUCCUCAUGCAGAUACUUACUGACAGGAUCAGGAGUUUAGUAUUUCAUUAGCAGUACAUUUUUUUCUGUAAAUUUUUAUUUUUUGGGUCUGUCUUGUACAACUAAAUUUUUUGUUUAUGUGCACAUUUGGGCUUGCAUGA